AUCCACGAUCCGAGUAUGGAUAUCCGAAUAUAGGUUCAAUCAACGUGGAUACAGAACAAAUGGGAAAGUAAACAGUACUCCAUAAUGUGCUGUACCCCACUGCCCCGACGCCACCUCUCACUGGCUGCACCUAUCUCAUUCCACUCAACUCACUUUCUACCUAUAAAUAUUCCGCUUCAGCUUCACUCUCCUCUUCCAAAGAAACAAAUUGGUCUCUCUUAUAUAUACUCUAUACUCCAGUAGGGUUUAGCAGUUUUUGCACAAAAUCCAAGAGCAAAAAUGGAUGCAUAUACGGUUCAUCUAGCGAUGGCGGCCCUCGUUGGAGCAUCGGUGGUAGCGGUUUCGGCUUACUAUAUGCACCGGAAAACCCUAAAUCAGUUACUCGAGUUUGCAAAAACGAUAGAUAAGGAUAGGGACCCUGAUGACGUGGCAACGGAGGACGGCGGUGGUUACUCGCCGCAGCAAUUGAGGAAGUACGUUGCCGCCACCGCGGAGAAGCGGCGGAAUCGUAGCCGGAGUAAUGGAUAUUACCGCCGUUCUUCCGCGUCGUUUCCCGAUGUGACGACGGCGAAUUCUGUGGAGGUUGAGGAAAGGAGAAAUGGUCCUAUACAUGUGGAUUCUAUUCCAGCUGGUUUGCCUAGGCUUCACACGCUGACUGAAGGGAAAUCAAGAUCUGCACAUUCUCUUAGACCUACUUCUCCGAAGUCUCCAGUUGCAAGCGCAAGUGCAUUUGAAAGUAUAGAAGGAUCAGAUGAGGAAGACACAAUUACUGACACUGCUAAACUUGACACUGCAUAUCUACACACUAAUGGGGAUGCGGGCGCAGAUGUCAACGGGCAACAAAUAGCUAUGGCUUCACCAAGUAUGAUUCGCUCGCACAGUGUAUCAGGUGACUUGCACGGUGUUCAACCUGAUCCAAUAGCUGCAGAUAUUCUUCGGAAAGAGCCAGAGCAAGAAACAUUUGUACGGCUGAAGAUAUCCCCUGGUGAGACACCAUCUGCCGAUGAAGCGGAGGUCUACCGAAACUUGCAAGUUUGUCUUGAAAUGAGACAGAGUUAUGUGUUCAAGGAGGCUAUUGCUCCUUGGGUGAAGGAAGUAAUUUCUGAUCCAUGCACCCCAAAGCCAAAUCCAAAUCCAUUUGAAUUCACUCCUGAAGGAAAAUCUGAUCAUUAUUUUCAGAUGGAAGAAGGAGUUGUUAAUGUAUAUGCAAAUAAAGAUUCUAAGGAGAAACUUUUUCCUGUUGCUGAUGCUACAACCUUUUUCACUGACUUCCAUCACAUCCUUAAAGUAAUAGCAGCUGGGAACAUCCGAACUUUAUGCCACCAUCGCCUAGUGCUUCUGGAACAAAAAUUCAAUCUGCAUUUGAUGCUUAAUGCGGAUCGAGAGUUCCUUGCUCAGAAAAGUGCACCUCAUCGUGACUUCUACAAUGUGAGGAAGGUUGAUACACAUGUUCAUCACUCAGCAUGCAUGAACCAGAAACAUUUGCUAAGAUUCAUUAAGUCAAAGUUGAGGAAGGAGCCAGAUGAGGUUGUGAUAUUUCGCGAUGGAACUUAUAUGACCUUAAAGGAAGUCUUUGAAAGCUUGGAUUUGACUGGGUAUGAUCUCAAUGUUGACCUAUUAGAUGUUCAUGCCGACAAGAGCACCUUUCAUCGUUUUGACAAAUUUAAUCUGAAGUACAAUCCCUGCGGUCAAAGUAGGCUGAGGGAAAUUUUCCUUAAGCAGGAUAAUCUUAUACAAGGACGUUUUCUUGCUGAGCUGACUAAACAAGUAUUUUCUGAUCUUUCUGCGAGCAAAUAUCAAAUGGCAGAAUACAGGAUAUCAAUAUAUGGCCGAAAGAUGAGCGAGUGGGACCAACUUGCAAGCUGGAUAGUGAACAAUGAACUGUACAGUGAGAAUGUUGUCUGGUUGAUUCAGCUUCCGAGACUGUAUAACAUAUAUAAAGAAAUGGGGAUUGUGACAUCAUUUCAAAAUAUCCUCGACAACAUCUUUCUGCCCUUGUUUGAGGUUACUGUUGAUCCAGAUUCACAUCCCCACCUGCAUAUCUUCUUGAAGCAGUUGCGCGAGUCAAAAGGCAUGACGACAAUCAAAUUCCGGCCACAUUCUGGGGAGGCUGGAGAUAUUGACCACCUUGCAGCAACAUUUUUAACAUCCCAUAAUAUUGCUCAUGGUAUCAAUUUGAGGAAGUCUCCAGUUCUUCAAUACUUGUACUACUUGGCCCAGAUUGGAUUGGCAAUGUCUCCUCUGAGUAACAACUCUUUAUUUUUGGACUACCAUCGGAAUCCUUUUCCCAUGUUCUUCUUGAGGGGCCUGAAUGUUUCUCUUUCAACGGAUGAUCCCUUGCAAAUUCACUUAACAAAAGAAGCCCUGGUUGAAGAGUACAGUAUAGCUGCUUCAGUUUGGAAGUUGAGUGCAUGUGAUUUAUGUGAGAUCGCCCGCAAUUCAGUAUACCAGUCUGGCUUCUCCCAUGCGCUAAAGUCCCACUGGAUAGGAAAGGAGUAUUACAAGAGAGGACCAGAUGGAAAUGAUAUUCAUAGGACAAAUGUGCCUCAUAUCAGGCUUGAAUUUCGCGAUAUGAUAUGGAGGGAGGAGAUGCAACAGGUUUAUCUGGGCAAGGCUGUAUUUCCUUCAGUUGUUGACCCUUGAUAUCUGCAUUGCUAAUGCUUUAUAUCACGGGCAAGAGUAUUGGUUCAGAAUAUCUGGAGUCAAUUUAUCAAUUUCUUCAGGGUUGGUCAUCCAGUGACACGAAAGCUUCUACACCGAGAGAUAUCUGGAUUUCGGAAGCUGAAGGGAGAAUAAGGUUUGUUGAACACUAUACCUUACUAUUCGAUGAUGUGAAAGCACAUUCGAUAAGAGUAAUCUAUGAAGACUGGUUAUUCAGGAGGCAACUGGAGCUAGAGCAUAUAGCACAACUUCAAAGCAAUCCACUAUCUGAAUAAGGAAUUAUGUAUAAUAUCCGAGUCUCGGUAGGUUAAGAAACUUCAGAUGCAUCGUAAGAUGAAAUUCUGAAUGUUGCAUGGUUCCGUUGUAUCAUAUUGACACGUUAGCUAAAUAAAAAGAGUACUUCCGCCCAAUUUUCUCCUUUCUCUUGGGUGAAGAGUAGUUGGGGCUGUUUAGGUACAGUUGGAUUGUGAUCUGUUGUAUGUUAACGUGUUUUUAGCAGCGUUGAGUUAUACAAUUCCUUAGCUGUGUUUUAGAUAUUAUGGCCAAUUUCAGAAAGUGAUAGAUUGAAUAAUUACUAGACGUUGCAACAGUUUCUGAAAUUUAAUCUGCAUCAGUAAAACAGCAGGUUUUGAAA